UGACACAAGUAGCAAACGACCCAUUUGAUGAUUGUAUACUUGCAUAUAUGUACAUAGCUGUAUUUGCCCACGCGGGUGAAUUUUGCACAUUCCUCUGUCCACAAACUGAUCCAUUCGGGUGUUUGCUUGAUUGUUCACUUGGUUCCGCCAGUUCGACCACUGCCCUAUAUAAUCUCAAAUCUUCACCACUCUACACCCUCAACCCUCUCCCCCCCAACAUUCUCCGUCUCAACCAUUUUCUUCCACCUCUCCAUCUACGGCCGUCUUGCCAUCUGACGGUACUUUCAAACUCAACUUCUCCACAUCACUCAUCAUGGGCAAGAUCACGAAAUCAGUUGUGCCGGUUGCUUACCUGGUACAUUGCGUGCCUCAUUUGGGCCCAGCUAGGUCCCAUCCUCCUUGGCACUGGCUUUCGAGGCCUGCACCAUGUCAUCGAGCCAAUGCAUGGAUCAGCUACAGCGAGGCUUGAAGCGUUGCAGCACCGACACAUGCAAGAGCCGUUCGUAGACACGCGACUCCAAUCUCUCCUGGGUAUUCCACUUGAGCGAGGACCUAUGUUCGAAACGCACCGUGAUUGUCUCCUUCGAGCUGCACGUAUAUCCGAUCUCCACUAUAUGGGCGUGCCUUAUCACAGCUUUCCAGAUAUUCUGACACAAACGUCUCAGUGGGCUCAGAGCGGGUGUGACAAGUUGCAUUUUGUCCCCACCAACCGAGAGGAAAGCUUCUUUACUGGCGCGAUCAUUACCUUCUCCGAGAAAGCCGCUCAGCUCUAUCGUUGGACCAGAGCUGUAGGUACUAACUCUUUGUGUCGGUUGCGCAACAUUCUCAUGCGGUCUACUGGAAGUAGCCACAUGCCUGGCCCUAAUAAGACAACGAAGUCAAAGAAAGUCCCAGGUUCUCAGCCCAAGAGGAAUGUCGUGUUACCGUCCUAUUUCGAGAUCGAUUGUUUUGGCCCCGUAUGCCAUCUCUCGGGGAUCCCAUCAUCGAAAGAAGCCUUGGUCUCCGAUGCCCAGAUUGUAAAUGCCGAAAAGAUCGUGCUUGAGGCCCAAGCACUUUUACAUGUACUCGCAAAGACACAGGAUGUAAUAAGCUUACUCCGCGGCAUAAUAUUCUGGACUGUUGUUUCACUCAUCUUCAUCUGGAUUCCAAUGGUUUUAUAUGUACUUAGUCUCACAGGAGGCCUACUUCAUGACGUUGUAGAUUGGACGGGCAUGCAAGAACUCAGAGCAGAUGUUACACCUCUCGUGCCGUUUGUUCAUCAGUUCCUCUGGACGACUGUACUAGAAAUAACCAUCAUGUCGUUCUGUUCCUUGUCGGAGCAGGAGGGUCACAUGCCUACGUGGUUAAUCGAACCUUGUUUGAUUCUGGGUGGCAGCUUACUGGCAGUCUUUUUCAUACACGCGCAGUCUGGGCCAAUCCCGUACAAUGCGAGAUAUGCCAUUGGUGCUAUCAAAGCAUUAUACGCAACCUGGAAACCAUCGCAACACCCCGCCACAAUGUCAGACACCAAUACUGAGGGACGGCCAGCUGAUACUUCGAUGGAAAAUCAUGCCAUAAAGCCUGUAGUUACAACGGAUAGCAAUAGCACUCCAGCAGACGAGAGUGUUAUUGCACCUUCUUCUUCAUCUUCUACCGGGACGACGUCUUCAAAGUCCAGAGUGCCAGUGACCACAACGCUGGAUCAAGAUAUUGUCCAGAUGCGGCAGGCGUUGCGGGAGGCGGGAACGACUCCUUCUCCUCAGACAGUGGUCUCCAAGUCCUCGGAUGCGGAGUGGGAGGUGGUUUCGGACGACUGUAAUGACCAGUCGUGA